GAUAAAAAUGUGCCAAAGUAAGAGUAUCGUCAACAUUUGUUUAAUUUUGUCCUGUGUCAUUGUGACUUGUUAUGGAAAUACAAAGAGCAAAAGACUCCUAGUUGAUGACAUUGACAUUCAACAACUGGUUAAUGAUGUUGACACUCUGAAGCAGACUGUUCAAGGACAACAGAACCAGAUUCAAUCGCUGUUGUCUUUGUUAUCUGCAAAAGAAGCAGCUGGUGCGAUUUAUACACGAUGGGGGAGAAAGGACUGUACAGGAAAUGGCACGGAAUUAGUAUAUGAAGGGUUUGCUGGAGGAGGUCCAUUUGCUCAGGACGGAGCAGCAGUAAAUUAUGUAUGCCUACCACACGACCCAGACUUUUAUAAUGGAGACGUAUCUAUGAGUCCAUAUGGUCAUAUGAGUACUAUGUAUGGCGCAGAGUACGAAGAUAAUUAUUUCGGUCCAAACAUGUUUCAGAAGGAUGUCCCAUGCGCUGUAUGUAGAGUUACCAAAGCAUCCUCUAUUAUGAUGAUACCAGGGAAAUCGGAAUGCCCUUGGACAUGGAAACGAGAAUAUUAUGGAAGACUCGCUGCUGGAGGCGAUGACGGGCAUGGAAUUGUUGCAGCUUCCGAAUAUGUUUGCGUUGAUUACAGUCCUAUCGCCUUAGAAGGUGGACAAGCCAACGAAGAUGGAAAGUUAUUUGUUCCUGUAAAAGCUGUUUGUGGGACACUGAGGUGUCCACCGUAUAAGAAUAAUGCAUUCUUAACCUGUGCUGUUUGUUCAAAAUAAAGAAGAUAAUUCUUUUAACUUAGAUAGAUAUAGGAAGAAGUGGAAUGAGUGCCAAUAAGACAACUCUCUAUCCAAGUAAGAAUUUGUAAAAGUAAACCACUAUAGGUCAAGGUUCGGCCUUCAACAUGACGCCUUGAGGUAUGAAAGUCAAAUUUUGAAGAAAAAAGUUACCAUGUUGAAGAUAUUCAAUAUAUGCACAAAAGAUCCUGUCCAUACAUAUGUGACUAAGAUACGUUCAAUAACAAUUACUUUUAAAUAUUACAUACAUGUAGCUGUAAUGCACUACUGGGAUUAUUCAAUCAAAUUAAUUCCAAUAUUUCAAUUAUGCUAGAAGUUUGUUCUUUUUCCCACUCAUAUGAUGUCAUACACACAAGUCAUAUAUGUUGCUAAUGCGUUGUAUAUAUAGAGAUUCUAACACUGAAUCGUGUGUAAUACGAUAUAUCUCUAUUCAAAACAAAUAUUUAAGUAUAUCAUAUAACAUUACAAAUUGUAAUUGGUUUUUCAUUUUUGUUAUCGAGUUUUUCUCACUUGUCUUUA